UGGAUCGUCCUAGAACUAGCUGAGAGAUAGAGGAGUGGCUUUGGAGAUAGGCGCCUGAAGUGUAGAGUUGGUCCUUAAGCGGUGUGUAACUAAUCUAUAUGGAAAGUCAUUUUUCUCUGAAAGCGGAGGGAAAGUCACCUGCGAGAAACAACGAAAGAAGCCUCUGUUUUAAACCAGAUGACAUCGUGAAACAAGCCGCUUCUUAUACGGACCAUAACGGAAAAGGAGCAACACAUUUAAGCCAAACCUCAGAUCUUAUGGCGUGUGGGUCUACAUAGGCGUCUAUGGGGAGGAAAUAGGACCGAAACCUCCAGCCCACGAGCCAGCAGCAGAGCGGAUAGCAUACAAUGCGCUGCUCUCGGUACCGAUCACUGUUGUGCCCUAGGCAUGAGGCUGAGACGGGCGGUCAUUAGCAUUUUGAUUAUCAUUUCCUUUCCCACCGAGCAUCACCCGCCAACAGAGGAAAAAGAGCUGACUCUUCUUAAAGUGGGAUGGGAGGAGGAUCGGUGUGCUUAGGUGGCUCUCCGAAUAGGCGGUGUUAUCGCUUGUUUCGCCUGAAUUCUGAAAGAGCACUAUAGUGUGUCCAGAAAUAGCCUGGCUGACACCUGCAGAGGAAAAUGCAUACAAGACAGUUAAAGGACAUCCAUGCAGUUGUAAACCCACUUCUUUUUAGCAUGUGUUCCACCAAAAUGGAUUAGAGCAUUGACUGCAUGGUUGUGGCUGACAUUUUGACUUUUCAACCCCCUCCCCCCACGGAGGCCUCUGAUGGUGCUGGUAGCAAGUGACUAUAGCUAGUAUUGGAAAUAGCCAAAAUGACAUCCCACCACACCAAAGUCAUGUAAACAGAGCUACGAAGAAGCAGGUGAAAAUCUGCAAUGGAUUCAUUGUUGACAUAAUCAGCAACAGAGAAGUAGUUGUGUGGAAUAGCAGCCAAAGUCAGUGCAAUUGUUUAUUAUCAGUAACAGUACUGUCAUUCAAAGUAUAGUUUAUUAUUAGGGCAUGGGAAAUAAUAACACUUUCCCACAGAAACCUUCAUUUUUCUAUGCAUCUGUUUGUCACAAAAUAUCCACAAGCAUCCUAGGAACAAUGAUUCUUAACCCAUAAUAUUAUUUAUCCAGUGGCCCAACACUAAUGCUAUGCUAUGCUAUGCUAUGCUAUGCUAUGCUAUGCUAUGCUAUGCUAUGCUAUGCUAUGCUAUGCUAUGCUAUGCUAUGCUAUGCUAUGCUAUCAUUAUUGCUUCCAGCACUCUCUUCAGAAGUAUAGCAUCUCAAGCCUUCCUGUGUACUGGGAAAAUGCAAUAGAAGACAUGGAUUUUGGUUCCUUUUGCAUAUUCAUAGGCUCAUCAAACUGGUUGGCUGUUCUUGAUUUCCCUCACUCCCUAUCUAUGACUCUGAUACAGUAAUAUUGACAGCUCUGCCCCUUUCUCAUUUAACAGCAGGCUUCAGAUGCUUUGAAAGGACAAGGCAGCCAAGGUGAGUGUUUUAUGUCUGGGAACGGAAGAAAAGGCAUCAAUGUCAGGUAGUCUAUUGGUGGAGGGGUGCUGUAUUUUUUUUCCCCUUCUUAAAAGUUUGACUUUAUAUAUUUGCAAAUGUGCCUUUUUACAGUUUUUUUCUUGUAAAUUUAUUUUCUUUGUAUUAUUUUUAUAACUAUAGUUCUGAGGUUAGCUUUGAUCAAAGUUACCUUUGAUCAUUGGUCGCAUCUUAUUCGAUGUGACUCAAACCCUUAUCACCAGAUAUUUGGAGAGAAUAUUAAACUGGAAAAGGGUUCACUGUUAGGUACCUACAUAUUUGUCUUCAUUCAGAGGAGUAAAGCAAGGUAUGAAAGUGCAAGUAAUAAUUCAUAAAAUUAAUAUAGCCAAUGAGCACAAAUUAAGAGACUGAAUUAAUGUAUGUCAUAUUCCAAAGUAAUCACAUUCUUGGAAUCCAAUUCAGCAACGAGACUAUAGUGUUUUACAGAAAAAGUACUUAAAGGGAGUAGCAGAUACAUACAGAUUACCGAAAAAAAGUACUUUUUCAUUUUAGUGUCACAAAAUGUCAUCAUAAUACUGAUGGGAGCCAGUAAUACUUUUUUUGUGACUUUUGGAACAGAAAAAUCAAUAUACAACCUAGAUGUAGAUAAGGUCCAAUAAAAUGAACUUUUAAACCUGAUAAAAUAGAUGCAUUUGGAUCUAAUAUUCCUUGGACUUGAAAUUAGAGAAAUUAUUUGAUAUGGAUCCCCUGCAGGUUGGGGGUGCUCCCAAACUAUCGUUGUUAGCUGGAUACCUUGCUGACCCCAGUAUUUAUGACCAUCUAUUGUUAAUCUAUGUUGGUAUACAAGAUCUGCCCAUUUCUAGACAUGGCACUGGGCUACAGUAAUUCCUAUGUUAUACUCUCAAGAGGGAUGCCUUUAUUAUAGUAUUUGUUGCUGCUAUGGAGACUUUCGCUUAGUGCAAAGAAAACAUUACUGAAUUACUGGCUGACAUUCCUUACUGUGCACAUAUUGCAUUUGUGCUAAUAAUCUACAUGAGUGAUCAGUAUGGUAUUAAUUCAGCUUCAGCAUAUUGGGCAGGGAGAGAUAAAGGUAGUCAAGCUUGAUUUCUGGUAAUAUCAAUAUAGCCAUGAAUAGCUAUGCUUUCUUCUGGAUGUUUUUCAGUUCUCAAUCUAGCUUACACUCUUGGUAUUCUCUAGUAAUCUUCCAUCUGAGUACUGACCACACCAGUAAUCUAUUCUAAGCAAAUUCAUGAAUAGUUUAUGUUUACUUUAUUAGUGUUUCAAAUUCAUUAACAGAAAAGAAAUAUACAUGUGAAUAAUGCAAGAUAAUAUCAACUUUACCCCACAAAAAGGAGGGAAAAACUUGCAAAAUUACUAACAGUUUCCCCCCCAAAUGAUCAUGUUUUCUUCCUGUCCUAUUUGUCGAAAACUAAUCAAAACACACAGAGAAAUAAUAAUAAAAACUAAUGCAAAUAGUAAAUAUCAACAAUCCAUUUUUGUAUAUCUGUUUCCAAUGUUGUACAGGUAGUCCUCAAAGAAGUUACAAACUUCAUUAAAAAAAAGUAACUUCUGGCUGUUUUUCAACUUAUGAUUGUUGCAGCAUCCCCCUGUCACGUGAUCAAAAUUUAGGCACUUGGCAACUGGCAUGUAUUUGUGACAGAUGGACUCAUGUAAUCACAGUCUGCAACCUUCUCAGCUGGCUUCUGACAAGCAAAGUCAAUGGGGAAGCCAGAUUCACUGAACAAGCACGUUACUAAUGUAAUAACUAUGGUGAUUCACUUAACAACUGUGGCAAAAAAGAUUGUAAAAUGGGGCAAAACUCACUUGACAACUGCCUGGCUUAACAAGAGAAAAUUUAGGCUGUGUUGUGGCUAUUAAGUUGAGGACUACCUGAAUUAUACUUUUUUACCAGAUCCCAUGUCCAAGAUGUCCAGAAAUCUUGAUAAAUUCAAAAUACUAGGGAUAUAUCCAAGAAAAUAAAUUGAUAUAGUGAUAAUUCAAUUAAUCCCAUUACACUGUGAACCUGUUAGCAAAGAUUGUUUUCUUCAUAUUCAUCUGCAAGCCUCUCUUUAGGAAUGCUUUAAACAUACUAACUUGGGCAAGGUGUAACAUUUAAUCUACAAACACGUAGAUUAGCCUGCUCUGUUUUUCUUGCAGUAUUUUAACUGUAGAAUCCUCAGACCUGAUAGUUUGUACACUGACAGUUAAUUUCAUAUGUGUGUUUACAUACUAGAUAAUAUAUUUUAAUCUUUCUUUCUGCUUCAGAUUCUUGGCUAAUUAAAGUAUAAAAACAAAGUUUUUUAUUCACAAGGCACCUGUGCUCUCAAAAUCAAAAGUUGUAUUUUCCGCUCUAAUUGUCACUAUUUUGCCGGCUAUCAAUUCUUUGUCCUGAAAGAAGAAAGGGAGAUGAAUGUGAAUAGUAUUGCUAAUCAAUAUAAUUAUAUUCCUAGUUCUGUAUGUGUAGAUGAACAAAAAGGAGAGUUUUGCAUUGAAGGAAAUUAUUCUUUUCGCCCUCAUUAUGGAUCCAUAAUAUCACAUCUUCUUAAUCGGCCAGAAGUAAAUAGUGAGCUAGAUAUAAGCUUUCUUCUCCCCUCCUCACAGAAAACUGAACACCCAUCUUCUAGGAAAGCUAAUGCCAUGAGUCCAUUGCCUGCCUAUGGCUUUGGUAACACAAAUCAGUCCCAUAAUGAACAACUACAAGCUAAGAAGGCUAGAGUGGAAAAUAUUAUCCAGGGAAUGAAUAUCAUGUCAAACCCAAUAGUGUCUGGUACGCUGGAAGAACAGCAUCACCAAAAUUUUGAGAAAGGAAAGGAAAGCUAUAGGCAAAACAAGAGAAAACAGAAACUUCCUCAACAGCAAAGUUUGCCAGGAAUUUCCCUAACACGACCUCCUAGAAGCAGCAUCUCAGCAGAAGAAUUCCUUCAGCUGAAAAAACAGCUCCAUGCUUUGCAACAUCAGUUGAAGCAACUUGGAGAGAGGCUUCUUCAACAUGAUGUGGAAAAUGAUUCUAAUCUAAUCCAAGAAAGUAUAGAGAGAACUAUGGGCUUGUUGAAGAUGUAUGGUGGAAAGAUAGACACCAACAGUCAAGUGUUCUGUUGUGAUCAACAUAAAAAUUAUUUAUGGAACAGCACACCCAGAAUAAGAGAGCUUGUGCUGUCAGAGAAAGAAGAUAUAGGCAUUCAAAAUUUGGAGGAGAAAACGCUUUCAGAAAUAUUAAGACAAGAAUUAACACAGGUAAUGACACAUGCUGUAGAUUCAGUUUUGAAAAAGAUCUUGAGCCUUCAAUCUCAGUUGCCCAAUAAUUCCAUAGGGACAGCUGUUGGAAGAAAUAUACCCAGUAAAUGGCUUCCUAAGAUUUCUUCUCCUAAAGGUCCUAUAUCAUUAAUCACAGAAAAGUCUCCAGGCUUUCCUAUUCAUUCCACCCAAACAAAAAUGGAGAGAAAACCUUGCCAGGCACCAGAGAAUUACCCCUUGAUCUUGACCUCUGAAGUUCAAAAAAAUGGCAUUCUUAGUCAAAUGCUAUUCUGUGGUCAAAAAAGCCAUUGGGACAGUCCUCCUCCAAGAAUGGUAUCUCCUGAGUCUUUAGAAGUGCCAUGGCAACCAAUCAAACUGAAGUCAUCAGGCAUGAAACAACAAUAUCCACCUUCCCUGGGAAAUUUGGCUUCUCUUCCUUCUACAAACUCAAUGUUUGCUGAAAUGCAUGCCAUGGUGGAUGGAGUGUAUUUCUCAGCAAGAAAUAUCCAGGAAGCUUUGACCCCAGGCCAUCUGAAAAAGGCUAAACUGAUGUUCUUCUUCUCACGCUAUCCCACAUCUUCCCUGCUGAAGUCUUAUUUUCUAGAUAUACAGUUUACUCGCUGUAUCACCUCCCAGCUCAUCAAGUGGUUCAGCAAUUUCCGUGAAUUUUAUUACAUCCAGAUGGAAAAAUUUGCAAGGCAAGCUCUCUUGGAAGGUAUUACAGAACUCAGUGAUCUUAUUGUUACCAGGGACUCUGAGCUCUUCCGGAUCCUUAAUGUCCAUUACAACAAAGGGAAUGAUUUUAAGGUUCCUGAUGGUUUCUUGGAUGUUGCCAAUCUGACCCUUCAGGAAUUCUUUACUGCUGUCAGAGCAGGGCGGGAUUUGGAUCCUUCCUGGAAAAAACCAAUUUACAAAAUAAUUUCCAAGCUUGAUAGUGAGAUUCCAGAUGUAUUUAAAUCCUCUAACUGCCCUAAGGAAUUCACCCAAGAUUAAUGUACAGUGGGCAUGGCAUGUGGCUGAUUCUACAUUCACUGCUGUGUAAGUUUUGACUGCAUACUAACACAGCAGUUGAAAUCUGAAUCAACAGAGAAGGCACGAUCAGUAAUAUUUUAUAAAUAUAUGAAAGGGACAUCAUGUGAUUGACUGCAGAAACCUUUUCUGCUGUAUCCCUCAGUUUUGUGUUUUAUUACUUAUUUAUUAAACAAACAUAUUUAUUAAGCAAACUGAUAUAGCUGCCCAUCUACCAAAAAGGAACACUGUGCAGCAACAGAAUAUAGUACUGUACACUAAAAAAAGAUCAUGGGGCCCCAAUAAAACUUGCAAUCAUUUAACCAUCUCCAUUUACUCCACCAUUGGAGCCAUCCUAGAUCCAGUGCCUUGGAGAAAAUCCAAGUCUUCAUUAUUUUUCUGAAGGCCAAUUGGGCUGGGGCCAUUGGUAUCUCUGGGUAGAGGCUGUUUCGUAAGUCAGGUGCCAUGCAGAGAAGGCAAGCUGCACUGAAGCCCUAGUAGGCAAUAUUGUUUCAUCAAGGAUUAUUUUCUACAAUCCUACUAAAUCUCCUUUGAAAGAGAAUGCUGAGCCAAGCUAUAGCAUGAUCAGUCAAUAGUAUGGGCCAAUAAAUGAUAAAUGCGAUGCAUUUUCUUGAAAUCUAUUGA